AUGUCACCAUCUACAUCCCCCGCCGGCAAGCGCAAGCGUAGCGCCUCUCACCUCCCCGCUCCUGUUCCCAAGAACCUCACAGCCGACCUUCAGCCCUCCUCACGCGACGCGUCCGGUGAAGAAGGUGGAGACGACUCGACAGGUCCCAAUGCCAAUGCCAAAACCCCCAACGGCAGACACUCCUCCAAGCGGGCCCGCAGGUCUGCCGCCGAUGCCGCAGGCCACACGGAGGUGAACGGCGCCGAGCCGGCCAUUAGCAAGGAAGACCCCGGCGAGCCCUCCGAGACGACUGUCGCCAGCAGCGACAUCGAGGGUGGCUCUCGGUCGCGCCCGGGGCUACACAUUGACCUCCCGGACUCCGAGCCCGUGACGGAGGAGCAGAUGGCGCCUCCGGUCUUUGGCCGCUUGCAGGAUCCCGUCGGUUACAAGACUAACCCCCCGCCGGUUGGCCGACCGGUGCGAGUUUAUGCGGACGGCGUCUUUGAUUUAUUCCAUCUUGGUCACAUGAGACAGCUCGAGCAGGCCAAGAAGGCUUUCCCCGAUACUUACUUGAUUGUCGGUGUUACUGGCGACGAGGAGACACACCUUCGCAAGGGCCUGACGGUGCUUAGCGGCGCCGAGCGUGCGGAGACUAUCCGUCACUGCAAGUGGGUUGACGAGGUUAUUCCUUGCUGCCCGUGGAUUGUGACCCCUGAAUUCUUGUCUGAGCACAAAAUUGACUAUGUCGCUCACGACGAUCUGCCCUAUGAGGCUGCUGAGGGCGACGAUAUCUACGGGCCCAUCAAGGCGCAAGGCAAGUUCCUGGUAACUCAGCGAACUGAGGGCGUCAGCACCACGGGUAUCAUCACACGUGUGGUUCGUGACUAUGACCAAUACAUCUCCCGCCAAUUCAAGCGCGGAGCCUCGCGCCAAGAACUCAAUGUUUCGUGGCUGAAGAAGAACGAGCUCGAGAUCAAGCGCCACGUGGUCGAGCUGCGUGACAACAUCCGCAACAACUGGACCAUGACAGGCCAGGAACUCGGCCGUGAGUUGCGCCAAAUCUGGCAGAACAGUCGGCCCAACAGCCCUGCACCCACCGCGCGUAACAGCAUGGAUUGGGGUGCGCGGGGUCCUCUUGCUAGCCCGACGGGAGGCGCCAAGUCGCACCUGUCACGUGUUGGUGGGGAAGUGCCCGGCCGCCCAGAUAGCCCGAUGGGCUCGCGUCGGAAUGAGGACUUUGCUACUGGUUACAGUCUCGGUUUGAUCGGUGGUGUACGUGCCUGGAUGGCCCGCAGCCGGCAAUCACUCCAGGAACCGCCCAGCGGCAUGAACAGUCCCACCGACGAAGAGCCCGAGUCCGAGCAGAACGGCUAUGAGGAGGAAGUGCGUGGCCGUGCCGGUCACGUCUCUGCGCAGUAG